CCACACACACACUCUCCCCCUCCUGUAUAAUCCACCAUGUCUUUCUCUCUCUACGACGUCUGCGUCAUCUUCCGAUUUCUCCCAUGGCGGAUUCGCUUCCAGAUCACGUGCUCUGCCUCCACGGCGACCUCGACCUCCGCAUCAUCUCCGCCUCCAACCUCCCCCACGUCCCCUUCUCCGGGCGCCUCCGCUGGUGCUUCUCCGCCUGCGCCAGGCCUCCCCCCUCCCCUCCCCGUGACCGCCGAGGCCCCGAGGACGGUCUCGGCUCCUCCGACCGCCACGGGGAGAUCAUCGGCCCCGACCCCUACGUCACCGUACGCAUCCCCCAGGUCACCAUCGCCCGCACUCGCGUCGUCCACAACGCGCAGAGCCCUAGGUGGGACCAGCGGUUCCUCAUCGCCCUGGCUCACCCCGUCGUCGACUUGGAGUUCCGCGUCAAGGACGACGACAUCUUUGGCGGGCAGCUGAUCGGCAUAGUUAAGAUCCCGGCGCGGGAAAUCGCAGACCGCGAGGUCAUCUCUGGUUCUUUCCCGCUGGUUGGACCCUCAGCGAAGCUGAACUCCGCCCUCCAGCUCGAGCUGAAGUUCACUCCCGUGGAGAAGACCCCGGAGUACCGGUUCGGGAUUGCCGGAGAUCCGACGCAUCAGGGAGUGAGGCACACUUAUUUCCCCUUGAGAAAAGGGGGUCGCGUUACGCUGUAUCAGGACGCUCAUGUGGUCGAUGGGUUGUUGCCCAAUAUUGAGUUGGAUAGCGAUGCUGGAGGCUUUUAUGGGCAUGAGAAGUGUUGGGAGGAUAUUUGUCAUGCCAUAUCUGAGGCUCACCAUUUGAUAUACAUUGUUGGUUGGUCGGUUUUUUAUAAAAUUAAGCUCAUUAGAGAGCAUACCCGGCCAUUGCCGCGAGGUGGGGACUUGACGCUCGGUGACUUGCUCAAGUAUAAGUCAGAAGAGGGGGUGCGCGUUUUGUUGUUGAUUUGGGAUGAUAGGACUUCGAACGACAAGUAUCUUAUUAACAUGGGAGGGGUGAUGCAGACACAUGAUGAAGAAACUAGAAAGUUUUUCAGGCAUUCGUCAGUGAAUUGCGUGCUGGCCCCGCGAUAUGCUAGCAGUAAGCUUGGCUAUAUUAAACAGCAGGUUGUUGGAACCAUGUUCACACACCAUCAAAAAUGCGUCCUGGUGGACACCCAGGCGUCAGGCAAUUACCGAAAAAUAACUGCAUUUAUAGGAGGAAUUGAUCUUUCUCACGGUCGAUAUGAUACACCUGAGCAUCGGCUAUUUCGCGAUGUUGACACUCAUGUUUUUGAGGAUGACUUUUACAAUCCUACAUUUUCUGCUGGAAUGAAAGCUCCAAGACAACCAUGGCAUGACUUGCACUGCCAGAUUGAAGGGCCUGCUGCAUAUGAUGUACUGAGAAACUUCGAGCAACGUUGGAGGAAAGCAACAAGAUGGAAAGAAUUCAGUCUCUUUGUCAAAGGGAAAAAACAUUGGCAUGAUGAUUCAAUGAUUAAGAUAGGCCGUAUCUCUUGGAUACAGAGUCCUACAUCGACUGAGUCAUCUGAUCUCCAUGUAUCUAAAGAAGAUGAUCCUAAUAACUGGCAUGUUCAGAUUUUCCGGUCUAUCGACUCUGGAUCAGUCAAAGGAUUUCCCACAAAAAAGAAAGAUGUUGCUGAAAAGCAGAAUCUUAUAGUUACAAAAGAUGUAGUAGUAGACAGAAGCAUUCAGGCAGCUUACAUUCAGGCAAUCAGAUCUGCUCAACAUUUCAUAUAUAUUGAAAAUCAGUAUUUUCUGGGAUCAUCGUAUGCAUGGCUGUCGUAUAAGAAUGCAGGAGCUGAUAACCUCAUUCCAAUGGAAUUGGCCUUGAAGAUUGGUAGCAAAAUUAGAGCCAGUGAGAGAUUUGCUGUAUAUAUUGUCAUACCGAUGUGGCCUGAAGGUGAUCCCACGUCAGCUACAGUUCAAGAGAUUCUCUUUUGGCAGAACCAGACCAUGCAAAUGAUGUAUCGAGUUGUUGCACGUGAAUUGAAGCAAAUGCAGCUCAAAGAUUCUCAUCCACAGGACUACCUUAAUUUUUACUGUCUUGGUAAAAGGGAAGACAAUUCUGAUCAACCUUCUCCGGAUAUUGCGGUCUCGGAAGCGUACAAGUCCCAGCGAUUUAUGAUAUAUGUUCAUGCUAAAGGAAUGGUCGUGGAUGAUGAGUACGUUUUAUUGGGAUCAGCAAAUAUUAACCAAAGAUCAUUGGCUGGUACCAAAGAUACUGAGAUUGCCAUGGGUGCAUAUCAGCCCCAUCAUACUUGGGCACUAAAGAAGAGGCAUCCACGUGGUCAGGUAUAUGGAUACAGAAUGUCCCUGUGGGCAGAGCAUCUUGGGGAAGUGGAAGGAUGCUUUAAUGAGCCUGGCAGUUUAGAAUGUGUGAAGAAGGUGAAUGAGAUAGCUGGAAAUAACUGGAGCAACUUCAAGGCUAAGGGUUCAUUGCAGGGCCACCUUCUCCAGUAUCCCAUACAGGUGGACCAAGAGGGAAAGGUUGGGCCAUUGCCAGGAUCCGAAGAGUUUCCUGAUGUUGGCGGUAAAGUCGUCGGUGCUCAUUCCAAUACACUCCCUGAUGUUCUAACAACGUAGGUUCUGUCCUACUCCAUGUCAAUCCAGUCCCAGGAGCCGCAAAGAUGUUUAUCAGGCUGUCGCCUCAUUCUGGAUGUCUACUAGUUUUACAAUUCUUUCCGAUUGCUUUUGGGAGGUGCCCUUGUUCAGAUUGUUCUUUUGUUGUUUCGUUUCUUCUGUGGCUAUCUGGAUCUUUCCUUGGACUCCCUGCUCAACGGGAAUCCUCAGUGGUGAUUCGCGGCCAUGGGGUGAAUGACUUGUUUGAACGGUUCGGUUUAUCUUCGGACUUUGGUCAGGUUUCUGCAAUUACACUCGGGAGCAUCUGGGCUUGUGUUUUAGAGGAUAGAGAUGGAAUUUGGAAAUUGUAGUACAAAAAGUUGUGAAUAUGGUUGAAAACAGACCUGGCCCUUUUACGAGGUAAUUGAUGCCUUAAGUUUGAAAUUGAGUA